AUGUCAAAUAAUAUCGACUGGGAGGAUCUCUUUGGAAGCGAUGAUGAAGAGGUAGAAGAAGAACACCAAAACCACAAGCCAAUAACUACUUUUGAUGUUAUACCGGGUCUAAAGCUCAUCAAACAAGCGCUAUCGCAUCAAGAGCAAAUGUCAUUAACUCACGCUCUCAUCGACCGCAACUAUUUCACGGGAAAUGCAAAUCAAGCCAUGGUAUUUGGAGAAUUACCAGAUUUUAUCAAAUGGAUAGAGCCUUGGGUGGCUGAAAACUACCCAGAUCUAUUUGGUCAAGACAUUAUGAGCAGACAGCCUCUUUUCGAUCAAGCCAUAUUGAACAUGUACAAGAAGGGUGAAGGCAUAACAAGCCAUGUCGAUUUGCUAAGAUUUGAAGAUGGUAUAUUAAUUAUAUCACUCAUGUCAUCUUGUAUCAUGACAAUGAGACCUGCAAGGAAGGAUACUGCUUCAUAUCAUGCCGAGAACACGGACGAUAGCAAAAAGUACGAUAUACUUUUACGCCCUGGCGAUGUUCUAGCACUCUCUCAAGAAGCGAGAUAUGAUUGGGAACAUGGCAUUCCAUCACGGCUCGUAGACGAGAUGGAUGGUCAAUACAUAGAGAGAGGAACCAGGAUUAGCGUCACCUUGAGAAGAUUAAAGCAAGGCGAGCAAGAAAUGCAACCCACUACCACCAUAUCAGAACGAUAG